UUCAUGUUUUGCAGUUUAUGUUCCUUCAGAACUCUGCAAAGCAGUACUCUUGCGGUUGCACGACUUUGCGAACACUUUAAAAACACUUUAAAACUCUAAUGAUGACUAGAGGUUCCCUUUCAGUCAGUACACUAUAGGUUCCAGCGCUGUGUGUUGUACCUUGUUUCCUUCCUUCAGUAGCUAUAUUCAUAUCUUUACAUGAUUCAAGCUCAUUUAUAGGGGGUUAUACUGUUCUUGUUGGAGUGUCCUCAAGAGAAGCAAUGCUCACCUUUGAGCGUCUCAACAAGAGCUACAGUAUGAAGUGUGUGUGGUUACAACACGUAUCUGAUGUAUCAGUGCCAGAGAGCAGGGCUGAUGCAGCUAGCCGCACAGUGGCUAACCUUGCGGUGAUAAAUGACUGCACUUUCGCCACAAUAAAUAGAAAACAUCCUGUAUUGUGGUGAGGGCCGCAUCAACAGCGUAAUACGAUCAGGGGGAGCCGAGGUUAGAGCGUCACGCUUCGCUAAUGUGCAGCCCACCGUUUCGUGUGUGUGUGCAUACGUGUGUGUGUGUGGGGGGGAAUAAUGGUUUUGUCUCACACACAUACACAUGCGCACACCGUCUCCACUGGAGUGCUGUGGUCCUCUUAUCAGUAGGAGAUAGCCAUUCUCAGAGGUCCCCUCUAAUUAGCAUAUCUAAGUGGGCAGGCUGUUUGCUGUGCCUCCCUGUGUCAAUCUGAUAAAGUGACAGAUAACAGAGGAUAAGUGUGAAUGCCUAUAACCCUCAGGCGUGUUCUGGGCCAGUUGACUUGUAUCUGACCUCUCCCAGCCUUGUUCCCCUCCAUCCUCUUGUUCUCCUCUAUCUCACUGCCCCAUGUUUUAUUACUGGUGGUUUUGCCUUAUCUGUGGCCUCUAAGGAGUCAUAAGUCAAUCUUUGACUUGAAACGCUUGUCUAAACUCUAAACCGUUUGCCUGGCCCUCUACUGCACAGGAGACAACAGUGUUUCAGAGUGCUUUCACGGACACACAUAGCCCAGGAUCAAGAUGAGUGAUGUAUUUUAUGAGCGGUGUAUUUUAUGAGUGGUGUAUUUGCUCUAUUACCACUACCAUCCUGUAAUGAUGCCUUGGUAUCACUAUUUAAGCCAUUGCCUUGGUCUUGCUAUUCUCUCCUAGCAGACACUGAUAGAGUAACUCACGUCUGACAAUUUCUUAGGGGCGGCCAAAUGAACUGUUCGGCCUGAGGAGUGAAGGGCAUGGCAUAGAUCCAGAGAGAGAGACUCAAUCAUUCAGCAAACCUCUCCACUUCCACCAUGAGCUGGGACUGAAGAGUUACCUCUACAGCUUCAUUUUAUGGUGUAAGAAAGGGCUACUGGACAUAUCGUCAGCAUGGAUGAAAAGAGGAAAGAGAUGGACCUCCUGAGCAACAGCAUAGCUGCCUACGCACACAUCAAAGAGAACCCGGAGAGCUUUGGGCUGUACUUUGUGAUCGGGGUUUGUUUCGGCCUGGUCCUCACCCUCUGCCUCCUGGUCAUCCGGAUCUCCUGCAAGCCCCGCACCAACAUCCCGGCCUCCACGCCCGAGAAGAAACACUUAAAGGACUUCAGUGAGGACGAAUGUGAUGAAGAUAGCGAGGAUGAGGAAGAGGAGGGUGACGUCGAAGCACCCGCCCCCCUGCCCACCACAGAGAUUCCCAUUGGCAUCCACCACAACCACAGCCAAUCGGACGGGACACUGAGCGUUAACGUGUUCACGUCGGCCGAGGAGCUGGAGCGGGCGCAGCGAUUGGAGGAGAGGGAGCGAAUCAUACGGGAGAUCUGGAGGAAUGGGCAGCCUGAUAUCCUGGGUUCAGGAACAGGCACUAUAGGUCGGGUGCACUACUACUAACGCCCAGUACUACAGGACCACUGAAUGGACAUACUAUAUAGAACUAUGAUGCUAUGGAAUCAGGGGGUACACUGUGGUCCACACCCGCCAAAGACAGACUUAGAUUCAGACCUCUGGGUGGGUCAGUGCCCCUGAGGGAGAUCUUAUGUUUCCCAUCAGGGGUGUUACUCAUGCUGUUGCAUACAGGCAGGUCACAGAUGGCGCGCUACUUCGAUCUGGUGUGUAUUCAGUGAUGUGAAAUGUUCUGAACGUUGAGAGGUCACUUCCUUUUGUGUGCUAUGGGGCCAUGUUUCCCUCAACACAUUGGUGAGUUUACAGCGGGACAGCUCCGAGGAACUGUUAGUCAUUAUGUUAGGAAAUUAUCCUCAAUGCUUUAGAGUGGUCUUGGAACCUUCUGUGAGGAAAUAGCGUCGCCUAAGUAAGAAAAUAGAAAUAGAGUCGGUGGGACCAUUUUUCACCUGAUGUCAAGUCAUUUUGGAUUUGGACUGCUCAGUUUGCUCAAUUUAAAGACACAGUUUUAGGCUGUUGUCAGAACCAAUUACACUUGGGGAAAUUAAAUAAUUAAAGUGUUAAACUCAAAAGGCCUUGUGGUCGUUUCUGUUACACAUGUCUUUUAGACAAACAAUGCUCUUCCUUAAAAUAUCCCUGGGCUAUGUAUUUUGAAUAUACUGUACAAUAUAAAGAUAGUCUAGGGGUGAAAUGUAACAACUGAAAGACCUCAGUUGAGCCAUUUAAUUACAAUGGAUUGUAAGGUCACUCAUUGUUAAUCUUAAUCAUUUGCUACCAUGUGUGCCUUGAAAUGUUAAAUAGAUAAGUUUAAGAUAUUGUAUUAUAAAAAUCAUGUUUGCUAAAUGUUUUGGCAAAACCCAGUGUUAACAAAAUAAAGUCUUAUUUUAUUGUAUGAAAUAAAUCACAGGAAAAAGGA